GGAGUGCUACUCAUGAGCGCCACACAUGUGGGCAAAGACACGACACUCUCGCAGAUCGUCAAACUCAUCGAAGAGGCGCAGACAUCGAAAGCGCCGAUACAACAGUUGGCCGACAAAAUCGCCGGCGUUUUCGUGCCAUUCGUUCUGAUCAUCUCUUUGUUAACUCUUAUCGUUUGGCUCAGUAUUGGAGACAUUUAUUACGAUUAUAUUGUCAAUCAAAACCGUAUGGUCUUCGAGACGAUGGAUAAACGGGAAGUAAUCAUUCAGUUCGCCUUUCAGUGCGCCCUCAAUGUCCUCACCAUCGCCUGUCCCUGUGCUCUCGGGUUGGCCACACCCACAGCCGUUAUGGUCGGCACCGGAAUCGGUGCAUUAAAUGGUAUACUAAUCAAAGGUUCGGAACCGCUGGAAAAGGCCCACAAACUGAACGCGGUCAUAUUCGACAAGACCGGAACCAUCACUCACGGCAAACCUGUGGUCACGAAAGUGAUUGUAUUCAACAAAUUCCAAGACAUGCUUUCACUGCAGCGUAUGUUCGCCGCCAUCGGCAUCGCAGAGGCCAAU